GCGGCUUUGCUAAAUGAUUGGACCCUUGAAAGCACAUGAUACGGAGAUAUCUGUCUUAUAAAUGAAUCGCAUUUGGGGGACCAAUCAACCUCAACAGCAUGGACGGGAUGAAAGGGGAAGCGGCACACAACAUUGAUAUUUCUAGUUCGCAAGCAGUCCACAACAAGCUAAAGUCCAUUACAGAAAAUUUGAAGAACGAGGAAUUCAGAUUUUCAAUCGAGGAAGAAAAUUUGAGAUAUGUGGUUUCAGUGAUACAGAAUUAUGGUUCGUGGAAAUGGACAAACUCAUGGGAAGAAGGAACAGGGGAGAGUAUCUGUUUGGCGUUGGACAUUUUGACUGAAAGUUUUCGAGCUCUGAGAAACGCCUGCGCAGGAUGCCCAAGAAAUCAGCUGUUUCUAGAUUCUAGCGGUGCAUAUGUACCGGCCCGCUCAGUUGUUUCGGAACUGCAGAACCUGUUGCAGAAUGAAGAACUUGUCCAAAAGUUUGAUUUGAAGCAUCGAAUCGUUCUUGGUUUGCGUUGUGCCACGCAGUUUCUCGGCAAUCUUAUCACAGGGCAGCAUGAGAUAGCAAGUCACGUGUAUGAACUGAUGAGAGACGAUUUUGUUUAUUUAUUUAGUAUUGAUGACACACAGUUAUUGAACUACACAAGUAGGGUAAUUCACAGUUGCCUUAAAGCAAAGGUUCCUUUUGAUGACAGGAUUGUUUCCUGCAUUGAAAGUGUGCUUGGUCACCUAUACCACUAUGACUUAGAAUGGGGCAUGUUUUUCAUUGGAGAGCUUUUAAAUUCAGAUUCUGGUUUUGAGGAAGUGUUUCCAAAGCUUUCAACAAAAUCCCAGUCUUCUUUAUUGGACAUUUGUUUGGCACAUUUAAAAGACAGUCAAGAAGAUAAACCUCGAGUCAUUUCCAUGUCAAAUCUGGGAUACAUGAGUUCAGUUUUCCAAACCAAGGCACACAUGAUCCUAGGUUUUCAUAACCAGGAUGGCAAUGUCUCCUUGCAGCCUAUCAAUCUGCUGUGUAUACUUGAUAUUCUCUGCACAGCCCUUUCAUUUCCACAGUUGUACAAGGAGUUACGAGAAGAUGGAGAUCUCGUGAAAUGCUGUGUAAAUCUUCUUCACGGUGCUUACAUGAUUGGGCAGCAAGGGGACAAUGCAUUUUCAUCAGUUGAAAAACUUGGAGCUGCAGCACACGUGGAUCCAGAACACCCCUCCUAUGGUUUAAAAAGGGAUUUGAUUCGGUUAAUUGGCAACAUGUGUUACGGCCACAAACUAAACCAAGACAAGGUACGGGAAUUGGGCGGCAUCCAGCUCAUCCUUAAUCACACAAAUAUUGACAAAAGGAACCCCUUUAUGCCACAGUGGGCUAUUCUGGCAAUUAAACACCUGUGUGAAAAUAACAGAGAAAACCAGGCAAUAAUUUCAGGAAUGAAGUUGGAAGGUGUGGCCAACCAGGACACGUUGCUUGAAGAGCUGGGGGUAGAAACUGAAGUCAGAGAUGGCAAGGUCUAUGUCAAGCAAAUGAAAAAAUUAUAAAAGUGGAACUUGAAUAUGGUGCAAAUGUGUUUUUAAAGGCUUCUAAUUUGGUGUAAAUUAAGUAAAGGGUGAUUUAUCGUGUUCAGGGUAUAUUUUAUAUCAUUAUACAAAGUAUUGUUAAAUAUAAAAGAAUCAAUCCUUUUCUGUGAUACCACUGAGGAUAUCUCUGUAAUCAAGAAACAAAAAAACAUUUGACUUUGAAUGUACAGUUGCUGCAUUGUAAGAUUAAAUUGUAGAAGUGCAAUGUCAUAAGUUAUAAUACUGUUACAUCCAUUAGUUCUUCGUAUGCAUCACUGUCCCAGUUGUCAAAACUAAAAUUCGUUUUUAAGUAACAGUGUAUUUAAUUAAAUUGACUGUGUCAAAUUUUCAGGUAAAAUAAUAUUAAUAAUAUAUAUUCUAAAAAAUAAAAGUCAGUGUGGAAUGCAGUAAUGAUUGUUUUAGGGAGCAUUUAGAUGGACCAUACUAAUUAGGAUUGUCCAAUUCCAUGUGGGCUCUGCCUAAGUGCAAUCAGCUGAAGUGAAUAACACUCUUCCUCGAUCAGCUACAGGGUACUUGUAUCAGGGUUACUUCCCAGUAGUUGCUCCAGUAGGCGUGUCAGACAAUUCAGCUGAAUCCACUGGUAACACUUAGCAAGAAACCCUUCACAGAGUUGGACUGACCCAACUUGCACAAUGUGUCUGUUUAGAUUGGUUGUUAAUCACAAGUGCACACAAUACUAAACCUGUAAAUGCAAAAACCUUUGAAAAAGAAAAUAAUAACUGUACAAGUACACAAUUGAUUAAAUUCUAAAAAAAAUUGCACAAAUUGUAAAGCAUUCUUGUUACAAGUGUUUUUUCGAUUUUGAUAAAAUGGUUGCACAUCCCUUUUUUACUCAAAUGUCUAUUGGUUUUUCAACUU